AAAGCGCAGAGAAACGGGUCGAGUUUUUGAUAGCACAGCUGGACCCAAGCUACUUCCUUUGCUCAACACGUUACAAUAAUGGCACAGUUUUCUCUCUCCCCUCCCUCCUUUCCAACUUCUUCUCUCCCACUGCGACGGCGAAUCUUUCUCGCUCCUCCACCAAGAACCGCCGCCUCUUCCGCCACCGACGCCGUUUCCACUUCCUCUUCCGCUUCGAAUUACGCGCCCAAAGUCAUCGUCACUAGAGAGCGCGGCAAGAACUCCAAGCUCAUCGCCGCUCUGGCUAAACAUGAAAUCAAUUGUUUGGAGCUUCCACUCAUUGAGCACACGCAGGGACCUGAUUUAGACAGGCUUCCUUCUGUAUUAGGUGACAAUGCAUUUGACUGGGUUGUCAUAACUUCUCCUGAGGCAGGUUCAGUCUUUCUAGAGGCAUGGAGAGCUUCUGGGAUGCCUCAUGUCAAAAUUGGUGUUGUUGGGACUGGCACUGCAAGCAUUUUCGAGGAAACUUUGCAGUCUUCAAACCGAUCCCUUGAUAUUGCCUUUGUGCCAUCAAGAGCAACAGGAAAGGUUUUGGCUACUGAGCUUCCUAAGCUUGGAAAUAAAUGCACCGUUCUCUAUCCUGCUUCUGCAAAGGCUAGCAAUGAGAUUGAGGAUGGACUUUCAAAGCGUGGAUUUGAGGUUACUAGAAUGAAUACAUAUACAACGGUUCCAGUUCAACAUGUUGACCAUAUGGUUCUAAAGCUAGCAUUUGAUGCCCCUAUUCUUACAGUAGCUUCACCAUCUGCUAUUCGGGCCUGGAAGAAUCUUCUUUCAGAUUUAGAGUGGAACAAUUCUGUGGCAUGCAUUGGUGAGACAACUGCCGCAAUGGCAAGAAGUUUAGGCUUCACUAAUGUGUUCUACCCAACACAACCAGGCCUCGAAGGCUGGGUAGAAAGCAUUCUGGAAGCAUUACGUUCCUAAAGAAUUAAUGUAGGUCUCAGCCCUUCGUUGCAACCUGGAGAUGUUUACAACCGUUUUUCAUGCUGCAAGAUUAAUAUAAUGAUUUGGCAUAGUGGAUGGAUAAAAUUUAUUUUCUUUUCAGUAGUAAUUUUUUAGGCUAGAUUGAUUUAGCUUUAAUAAAGUCAGUAGUGUAUAUUAGGCAAUAAAGUGCACUUAUAGUCAUUGAUUAAAAUACCAGUAGUUGAGACUGUAAUUUGUUUAAAGUUUUGUUACAUAUAUGCAUUUGUUUUUUAAUAACAAAUUCUAACCAUUAAUUUUUUUA